AUGUUCUCCGCCGGUAAUAAUGGUUUCAAGAUUCUACAGCUUUCUACUUUCUGCACUACCCUUGCUGACUCCUUGCCCGUCCUCAUUCAAAAACUACGUGCGGCUCGCGGUGAAAGCGCAGAUCAGCAACCCACCCACAGCUCCACCCAAAAGCUUCCGUGCAAAGAUCCACGUCCUCCUUGA